GUCUCAAUGUGAAAUCGUCUACCUAAAAGGUAUGGUCUCCAUUUUUCCACUGCCCACACGAUCGCUAAACACUCCUUUUCGAUGGUUGAAUACUUCUGUUCAGCAGGUGUGAGGACGCGACUCGCGUAUUCCACCACUCUAUCAGCCUGACUCAACACAGCACCUAUACCAUGAUCACUCGCGUCUGUGGCCACUGUAAACAGUCUUCCCGGUUCAGGCAGUCUGAGCGUCAUCUGGCGAUCGUCUAGCAUGUUUUUGAUUCGGUUGAACGUUUGUUCGGCAGUCUCAGUCCACGUAAACUUGGUGCUGCUCAAUAACUUAUAUAAGGGUGCUGCUAUUUCGUUGAAAUUCUUGAUAAACCGACUGUAGAACGCCGCUCUUCCCAGGAACUGUCUCAACUUCCUUUUCGAAUUAGGUACUGCAAUAUUUUUUAUGGUAAGAAUUUUCUCCGGCAAUGGUUUUAUUUCUCCAUUUCCCACUUUAUGUCCCAACAAUGUGACGCUACUUCUCGCUAUCUGCGACUUGUCCUUAUUAAUCCGAAGUCCAAAUUCGUCAAUUCGCUUUAAGACCGCUUCCACAUGCUUGAUGUGAUCUGUUUCUGUUUGACUGUACACAACUACAUCGUCGCCAUAUACCUCGACAUUAUCUAGAUUCCUGAGCAGUAGUGUCAUUAAUCUUCUGAACGUGAACGGUGCACCCGCCGACCCGAACGGCAUUCGUUUAAAUUGAUACUGUUUAUCACGUACAGUAAACGCUGUCUUGCUUCGAUCACUCUGUUUUAUAGGUAGUUGCCAAUAACCUGACCAUAAAUCCAGCACUGUAAACACCGUGGCAUUCUGUAGCCGAUCUAAUGUUUCCACCACUGUUGGCAUUGCACAAGGCUUCAGGUCUGUUAUAUUAUUCAAUUCUCUGAAGUCGACACAAAAUCUAUACUUUCCAUUUGGUUUCUUUACCAAGAGUACCGGCGAGCUAUAUGGACUGUCCACUUAGUAAUUUAUCUUUACAUUGAUUGCUUCUCAAGAUCCAGGUGUCUGUCAAUAAUAAGUAGCGUCUAAUAGGAAUACUCCACCAUAGAUGUACUUUGAAUUAAGUGUCAAUUGUUUACGUUUCAUCGGGAUAUUAGUUGCCAUUUUAAUCAGUUGAAGUUUAAAGAAUCGUUUUCUGUUCAGAAACGUACUUUAUUUGUUUCAUGUACUGCGAAGGAAUUGGAAAAACUGGCCUCUCGCAAGUUACAUAUGGGAGCUAGAUAUGCAAUGCAGUUGGCUGAGCGUCUUUACAACAAAGGUUUUAUUUCAUAUCCUCGUACAGAAACUAAAAUAUUCCCACCGGAUUUGGAUCUUAAAAACUUAGUGCGCGUUCAAAUAAAUGAUUCUCGAUGGUCUGGUAAGUUUUGUAAUACAAUUAUUUGACUGGCAUUGAAAAGUACUUAGGAUUAAGCUCUUAUAACAAUUAGUUACGAAAUUUGAAAAUGUUUAGUUUUAUCCUUGUUGAGAGAAUAGCUGCAUCUCACCAGUAUUGUUAAUUUCUAACGAACAUUUUCCUGAAUCUACUAUUUUUCACCAACUUCAUGAAUGAUUUCGAAUGUCAUACAUUCCCGGCAUUUUUCCUAAUGCAAAUGCAGUGAUAAGUCAUUCAGUCAAUUUAUAUAGCGAUUAGAUUCAGUGACAGCGUAGAAGACUAUUAGCAAUACAUUGAUUCCAUUAAAUAUUAAUGUUGUUGAAUUAAACGUUGAUUGUCAUUGACCUACAAUUUUCUUGUAUUUCCGGUUUGUUUGUAGCCAUGUUUAUCAUUAAAACAAAAUAUAUGGAAUCUCACGCUAUUUACCAUUUUUCAAGUAUUUCUUCUUGAUGUAACCUGACUUCGAAUUUAUAUGACGGAAUUGAUUAAGUAAUUGUUUUCUAAAAUAGUAAAACAGUCUCUGUCACACAUCAAUUAGUCUAUAUAGUUCUCUUCAUUCAAUGUAAAACAAAAAUUAGCUAAAACUGUGGUCAUCGUUCACAUGUGAGUUAAAUUGGUUACUUAGUUGCUCAAACAUCUGGCUUCGAACUAAUCGAUCGCUAAUUUUAAACUCACUCUACCAACUUCAGUUUGACUAGGAGAGUAGUAUAGAGUUACGCCUUACUCAGAUGAUAUGUCUGAAAACUGAUUAUAUGAACACCUGUACUUGGUCAACGAGCUGCACUAAUUAUAAUUUAAAAAUUUAUUUAUUGGUCAUUCAGAAAACUAUACAUAUGCAAUCUGUGAGCUUAUCGUGUGUUAUUAUUGGCACUUUUGUCUCAUAAACUAAUGAUUCCUCUCUCUUUUAAUUCUUUAUUUAAUCAAGAUUUUGCCUCCAGAAUCCUUGAGCAUGGUCCUAAUCCUAAGAACGGAAAGUCAAGUGAUAAGGCUCAUCCACCUAUACACCCGUUAAAAGUGGGCGAUUCGCUUCAGGGUGAUGAAGCACGUCUCUAUGAAUUGGUGACUAGGCAUUUUCUAGCUUGUCUUUCAACCGAUGCAGAGGGUUCUGAAACCAUAGUUCGUUUGUGUAUUGGUAAACCUACUCUUCCAAGAACAUUUAAUUCAAGUAUAAGUACAGCUAAUUUACUUACUUCAGAAGAUGGGGAAUUAUUUGAGUCCAAAGGUCUUAUGAUUUUGGCUCUGAACUAUUUAGAAGUUUACAUUUAUGAUCGGUGGGCUGAAAAAGAUAUGCCUGUUUUUCAAUUAGGUGAAUGGAUUUUACCUGAUAAUAUUCAAAUACUUACUGGUCAAACAUGUCCACCGCCUUUGCUUACUGAAGCUGAUCUUAUUUCCCUUAUGGAUCGUCAUGGGAUCGGCACAGACGCUACACAUGCUGAACAUAUUGAAACAAUCAAACAAAGACUUUAUGUCGGUUUAGAGCAAAACAAAUUUCUUGUUCCAGGUCAAUUGGGGAUGGGAUUAGUGGAAGGUUAUGAUUCCAUGGGUUUCGAGAUGUCUAAACCUAAUUUACGAUCGGAAUUUGAAGCUGAUCUUAAGUUAAUAUGUGAAGGUCGAAAAACAAAAGAAGAAGUAUUACAUCAUCAUUUGAACAAGUACAAAGAAUUAUUUCGUUUAGCUCUAAACCAGGCGUCAUUCCUAGACAGGGCAUUAGCUCUUCGAUUGGAACAAGAAGCAGAAAACGUUCAAAAUAUAUCUGGUAGUGUUGGUGAGAUGGCUUCAUUUGCUGCUGUCAAUAACGCUACUGAUGGACAUAAUCAAAGCAACGUUUUAAACCCGGUUGUUGCAUUUUGCCCUACUUGUCAUUCUGGUCUAGUACUUCGUCAGAAACGGAGUGCUUUACGUCCGUUAACAACUAGUUCAAAUAUCUCAAAUAAUCCUGGUUCAAAUGAAGUAAAUCAAACAAGUAAUGGUGGCUGGUUUCUCUCAUGUUCUGGCUAUCCUAAUUGUCGAUAUGCAAUUUGGUUUCCAGAUUCAGUCAUUCAUGUUCGUGUUUUAUCUGAAUCAAAUGAAAAUACGUGCAAUCGUUGUACAAACUUCAUAUCUUCCUCAUCUGUUCGUUCUUCUAAUGAUCAGUUAAGGCCAUCGAAAUUAGGCUUACGUUUUCGACGCAAUUUUUACUUGCCAAAUGGUUACUUUCAGGAUGAUGAUACUAAAGAAUAUAUAACUUGUAUAUUUUGCGAUGAAGAUAUCUGCAGAACAUUAGGAAUUCAUAUUCGUCUAGUGAAUAAUUCAUCCAUCUCUUCACAAACAACAGUUUCGAAUGAAUUCAGUGCUAAUCGAGAUCCUCUUACAUCACAAACACGUAAUUCCUCCUCUCCCCUUCCUUUUUCAUCUACUACAAUUGGUAGUCAUCAUAAUUCCUCCAGUCUAUUGCAUGCGAAACCUUAUUUAAAUCUACAUCCAACAUGUAAUAAUUCAUCCCAUAGUACUCUACCUCGGCCUCCCAAUUUCUCAAGAUCUGUUGACGACGCAGGGGCUGAUGAUUCAGACAAUAUCUUGUGUAAUUGUGGCCAUUCAGCUAUUCAGUUAACUGUCAAGAAACCAGGCCCAAAUCAAGGUCGUUUGUUUUAUCGUUGUUCUGGAGUAGCAGGUAAUUCAUGUGAUUUCUUUUUAUGGAAAUCUCAAACAAGUUCAAUAACUAUUGCUCAAUCAAGUCCUUUGUAUUCUAGUACUUUCGUACCAUUACGGAAUAUCGUCGACCCAUGCUCUCGUCUUGAAAAUGUAUCUGAGAAUGCUAAUUGUGUCAGUAGUAGAACAUCUGGCUUAGGUUUUUCAGACUCUAAUUCACCUUGCGUUAUUUGUCGUUGUGGAGAGCCUGCAAAAUUACUUGUUGUGAAUAAACAGUCGUCUAACAAGGGUCGUCAUUUUUACGCAUGUCCAAACAGUCGUCCUAAUAUCGAUGGUGGUCCAGCAUCUGGAUGUAAUUUUUUUCAAUGGGCAGAUCAUAUUGAUACAGCAUCAGGACAGUCGGAUUCAUCAGUAUGUGGACUUUCAAGCAGACGAUAUGCAUUUGGAUCAAGUACUGAACAAGGACCCAGUUAUCAUAGAUCAGCAGUGAGUGCUGAAACAAACAUCUCUGUCGGUCAUGUCCCAUCAUGGCCUCCUCCAGCUUCAAAUAAUUCAAGAGGUGCGAUUUCUAGGAACAAAAAUCGUGACUUUAAAGAUCGUAGUUUAUCUUCAUCAUCCACUGUAACUAGAUGUUGUGGGUUGUGCCGACAACCUGGUCAUACACGUAACCGUUGUCCUCAUUCGACAACAUGAAUCUUUACUAUUCCUUACAAAAAAAUAGAUAUUUAUUCCUUAUUUUUAUUUAUAACACUGUAUAUACAUUCUCCAAUUUUAUUGAUGAUAAGAAUUAGAUAAUUAAUUGAUUUUAUAUUGGCAUAAACCGAAUUAUUUGUUAAUUAACCUCAGUUCAGUUCAUUAAUUCGCAAACUAUUUUCUACACUUUUUUCUCAUCAUUUGUAAAUAAAAUAAAAUUGAAGCGUUUU